UUGUGACUCUCAUUUGUACCCUUUUCAGUGACAUGCAUUUAAGUAGCUUGGAACUUGAGUUUCUGAAUUGUUUUUGUUGACUAUUAUUGUUGUUGCUGAAGAAACUUGAGCACACAAUGCAAUAGUACUACAAUACAUUAGACCCACGUCCCUCACAAUGACAUGGAUAACAUUUUAAGGGUGUUCAAAUUUUGAAUCUUGCUACCAAAGUCCAUGAAGUUGUAGCUUUACAUGUCUUCCAUCUUUUUGGGGUCUGCCAAUUGAAGUGUUGAUAUUGAUCACCAAGACGAAAGAGAGUAGCUGCUAUUAUUAUCAGUACACUAUCUUUCUUGAAGUAUGGUUGGCUUCGGCAAGAAGUUGAGAGAAUCACAAAUUCAAGAAUGGAAAGGAUAUUAUAUCAACUAUAAGCUAAUGAAGAAGAAAGUCAAGAGAUAUAUAGAACAAAUGGAGGUUGGAGCUCAAAAUCGCCAUAAUGUUCUCCGAGAUUUCUCAUUGCUGCUAGACAAUCAGAUAGAAAAAAUAGUUUUAUUUCUGCUUGAACAACAAGGAGUACUUGCACAUAGGCUGUCAGAUAUUGGACAAGACCACCAUACUCUUUUCCAGCAGCCAAAUAGUUUCAGCAUCUCUGAACUUCAAGAAGCAUAUAGAGAUGUUGGAAGAGAUCUUUUAAGGCUUCUUAAUUUUGUGGAAAUAAAUGCUGUUGGUUUGAGAAAGAUCUUGAAGAAGAUUGAUAAGCGGUUUGGCUAUAAAUUCACAGAUUAUUAUGUCAAGACGCGCGCAAAUCAUCCUUAUUCCCAGUUAAGGCAGGUUUUCAGGCAUGUGGGCAUUGGGGCUGUUGUUGGAGUCUUAUCUCAUGGUCUUGCAGACCUUCAAGAUUUACAACAAUGUCAAGGAAGCUAUAUUUCUAUAUAUGACCAACCUUCUUACAGUCAUCAAGAUCCUGUUCUUGAUUUUAUCAAAGUAGCGGUUGACAGAUUAUCAAACUCAACAAACUUCCUUCAGUUCUUGGGAAAACAUGCUUUUAUCAUCCAAGAGGAGCUUCCAUCUCCAUCUGAAGAUCAUAGUGUUGAUGAAAGAUAUCAUUUUAUGUCACUUCUUUUGAACUUGGCGAAUACAUUUUUGUAUAUGGUCAACACUUACAUAAUUGUACCUACAGCAGACAACUACACUUUGAGCCUUGGAGCUGCAGCAAGUGUAUGUGGUGUGGUCAUCGGUUCAAUGGCCGUUGCACAAGUGUUUUCUUCAGUUUAUUUCAGUGCAUGGUCAAAUAGAUCAUAUCUAAGACCACUCAUAUUCAGUAGCAUUGUUCUUCUAAUCGGAAACACCUUAUAUGCACUGGCUUUUGAUAUGAAUUCAUUAGUAGUUCUACUGGUGGGACGCCUUUUCUGUGGGUUAGGCUCUGCAAGGGCUGUUAACAGGCGUUAUAUCAGCGACUGUGUACCAUUGAAACUUCGAAUGCAGGCUUCGGCAGCUUUUGUUAGUGCAAGUGCUCUGGGAAUGGCUUGUGGUCCAGCUCUUGCUUGUUUGUUACAGACAAAUUUUAGGAUUUACAGGUUCACCAUGAACCAAGACACUCUACCUGGAUGGGUAAUGGCUCUUGCAUGGCUUCUCUAUCUACUGUGGUUGUGGAUGUGUUUCAAGGAGCCCACCCUUGAGACUGAAGGAACUCUUGUGCCAUAUCAAGCAGAGGCUGGACCAGCAGUGCAUGUUGCAGUAGAGAAUGGGCAUACACAACCAUUACUAAUGAACUCAGAAGUAAAAGAGCAGGAUGAAGAUGGAGAAGAAGAAAAUGACGAUGCUGAAGAAACUCGGAAACCUGUCACUUCUAUUGCUGUGGCAUAUAAAUUACUUACACCAUCAGUGAAGGUUCAAUUGUAUGUGUAUUUUAUGCUUAAAUAUGCAAUGGAGAUUGUACUUGCUGAAUCAAGCCUUGUCACCGAAUAUUAUUUUAUUUGGUCGACCAGCAAUGUAGCCAUUUUCCUCGCAUGCCUGGGUCUUACUGUGCUUCCUGUAAAUAUUGUUAUUGGAAACUACAUCAGCAACCUGUUUGAAGAAAGGCAAGUUCUACUAACAUCGGAAAUCAUGGUUUGCAUUGGACUACUCCUAAGCUUCCAUGUAAUGACCCCUUAUUCAGUGACUCAGUAUGUUGGAUCGGCCCUUAUUACAUUUGUGUCUGCUGAAGUUCUUGAAGCUGAAAUGCUCCUUGAACACACCAUCUUAUUUGUUUGCUCCAUCAACCCAGGAGUGAACCUUUCACUUCUAUCAAAAAUGAUGUCAUCAAGGCUUUCUCGUGGUACCUAUAAUGGAGGAUUGUUGUCAACAGAAGCUGGAACUCUAGCUCGAGUAAUUGCUGAUGGAACAAUAACAAUCUCUGGAUAUAUGAAUGAAAAUAAACUCCUGAAUACCACCUUGUUCCCUGCACUUCUCAUCUGCAUUUCAUCCAUUAUUGCUACUUUUUACACUUACAACUCUCUUUACUAGUUUAAUAGCAGUUAGUCUUCCCAUAAAAAUCUCAAAGUGUAUAUAGUGAGAGUGUAACUGCUCAGUUAUCAGUGAUCACUGAUCAGUAGUUAAAAAUGAUGUAUAUCAGCCAGUGUCAGCAGAUACCUCAAUAAGGUUGACAAUAUAGUGUUUUUGUUAUCUGCUAUAAUGUUUCUAUGGAUAGUGUAGUAACAAAUCACCCUUGUGAAA